UACUGCCUGGAGAGAGCCCAGUACGAUCAGUUUGUAUUAGACGACAUUUUGUCAAUAUUUAGAGAGUGGAGGUCAGUGGCCCACAACCUCCAUUUUAUUUCCAGCAGAACUCAACAGAAAGCAGGAAGCUCCACUGCACACUACUCAUCGCACCCCUAGUUCCCUUACUCCAGAAGAGCAAGCCCAGAGUAAUGUCCGUGCCUGUGUGGUGGCUCUUUACUCCCCUCAUGCUUGCCUGUGUCCCGGCAGCUCUGGACGCUAAAGUGUUUCUGGACCCUCAGAAGGCCUCGGCACUGCUGAGAGUAAGGAGACCACGAGCCAACUCCUUCCUGGAGGAGAUCAAGCCAGGGAAUCUAGAGAGAGAAUGCUACGAGGAGACAUGCUCACAGGAGGAGGCCUUGGAGAUCUUCCAGACCAAGGAGAAGACGAUGGAGUUUUGGUAUAAAUAUCAAGAUAUCAAUUUCUGCAGUUUCAACCCCUGCCUGAAUGGAGGCAUUUGCUCAGCGGGCAGGAAUGAGUACCAGUGUAUCUGCCCCCCACGCUAUGAUGGCAGGAGCUGUGAAAGAGAGGUGUUUGAGUGCCAGUAUAAGAAUGGUGGCUGCCUGCAUUAUUGCACGAACUUGGAGCGCACCACUGCAGUAACCUGCAGCUGCGCUGAGGGAUAUGAGCUGGAGGAGGACGGACAGAGCUGCAAGGAGACAGUGAAGUUUCCCUGUGGUAAGCAGUGGAGUGGGACCUCAUGGGGCCGCAGCCUCCAAUCCAACAACACCCAGUCCCUCUACACAUUAAGCCCCAACUCCACACACUCAGACUGGGGUAACUCUACCCUCGGACGGGGUAACUCUACCCUCGGACGGGGUAACUCCAGCGACACUGAGGAGGGCUCCAUCCACCAGGGGUACUACACAGACAUUCAGGAGCUGGAGGCCAAUGACACGCGCAUCGUUGGGGGCCUGUUUCAGAGACAAGGAGGAAGCCCCUGGCAGGUGCUGCUCCGGAGGAAGGAUGGCUUUGGCUUCUGUGGAGGGACACUCAUUAACGAGCGCUGGGUGGUCACUGCCGCUCACUGUCUGCAGGACAGUCCACACCAUGUGACUAUAGGUGACUAUGACAAGAUGCGGGUGGAUCGCGGUGAGCAGAAGAUCGAGGUGGCACGCUCAAUAAGCCAUCCUUUCUUCCACGAGUACACCUUCGACAGUGACAUAGCUCUCCUUUACCUGGCCCAACCCGUGGAGUUUGGCCCGUACGCCACCCCGGCCUGCCUCCCCAAUCCAAACCUGGCCCUCCACCUGCAGCGCGACGGCAUCACGGGGAUCACCACCGGCUGGGGGCACACAAGCUACCUGGGCCGCUCCUCGCGAUUCCUCCGUAAAGUGGCCCUUCCAGUGGUGGACCAGAUGAAGUGCAUGGCCUCCACAGAGCAGGUGAUCACAGACAACAUGUUCUGCGCUGGCUACCUGGAGAGGGAGCAGGACGCGUGCUCGGGCGACAGCGGUGGGCCGUACGUGGUGAACUACAGAGGCACCUGGUUUCUUACCGGAGUGGUGAGCUGGGGAGAGAAGUGUGCGGCGAAAGGGAAGUAUGGUGUAUACACACGGUUAGGGAACUACCUCAGCUGGAUACGGGAGACCAUAUCUAACCACGAGCAGAGUGCAACAGCUACAUAAUUGCCCGAGGUGGGCCUCAUAUUAAACCCAAUGCUACGCACAGAUGGUCAUAUUCUCUUUUUUGGCAAUUCAAUAAAUGAAUUUGUUGUAAAUA